GAAAGACGGAAAACAUUGUUCGUAUAAUAAACCUUACAUUAAUGCUUAAAAUAUACUGAAUUUCACUGAAUAGGUUUAAUAACACGUAUUCAGUAGCAUUAACGAUGGUAUAAAGUGGAAUUUCAAUUCGUAAAUGAAAAUUAACUCUUAAUAAUAUUAUGAUGAAUCUUCCAAAUCAAAUUAAAUACUUGGUGUAGCAUCUUAGUACCUAAAAUAUCAUAAAAUCAAGCUAAAACCGAGUGCUUAAAUAAGCUACAUCGCUGGCUAUAAUCAGUUUUGGAUUUUUCUAAACCAAGCCAACUAAUCUCAAUCAUAAACAAUAGUAAUAAUCAAGACCAAAAUUUAAACGAAGAUGUUUCAGAUAUUCAAAAAAUGUCGACGAAUAAAAAUAAACUUCUUCAUGAUAUCACUGAUUCUAUUUUCAAUGUACCUUUUCGUAUCAUACUCGUUGGUACAAAAACUGAUGAGCAAAUCAACCAAUCAUAAGAUCCAAGUACAUAACACUGCGGUGACUUUGCCAAAUGUUGUGAUACAUUUGGAUUUGAAGGGAUCUCCACCGAAACUUGGUUACCUUAAGAGACUACUGCCACAACUGCAUGAGCUUGGAGUGACUGGCUUCUUAAUAGAAUAUGAGGACAUGUUUCCAUAUGAAGGUCCAUUAGCCAAUUUGAAAGCGAGAAACGCUUAUAGGAAAUCUGAGUUGCAGGAUUUCCUAAAGAUGGUUGUGAAUUUGGGCUUCGACAUAAUCCCUCUAAUCCAGACCUUUGGUCACAUGGAACAUGUAUUGAAGCUAAAACAGUUCGAACAUUUGAGGGAAGUGCCGCUUCAUUCUAACGUGAUCUGUCCGAGCAAAUCUGAGAGUCAAAUCCUAAUCAAGAAUAUGCUAAAGCAGGUCAUACAGUUCCAUCGAAAUAUCUUCCAGUUAAAUUAUUUCCACAUUGGUGCCGAUGAAGUCUACCACAUAAACAAAUGCAAGCAAUGUUUGCAACGUAACCAAACAAACGCAACUUUAUUUUUGAACCACGUGAAAUUUACAACGGACUUCAUAAAGAAAAUAAGUCCUCAAACUACAGUUUUAAUGUGGGAGGACAUGUUACGAACUAUGUCGAUGCCUGAAUGGGGGAUUGUAAAGAAUUUGAGGGUAGAACCAGUUUAUUGGAAUUACCAGCCGAGGCUGAAAGUAUCGCAUGUAGCUUUGAACAUGUAUCAUAAGAAAUUCGAUAAUAUAUGGAUAGCAUCAGCAUUCAAAGGUGCUGAUGGUAUGAAUGCAACGGUACCAAAUAUCAAGAAGCGGUUUUCGAACCAUUUGAGUUGGAUGGAACUUAUACAGAACUACAAAUUCGGUGGUGAACAAGACAUCUACAGUUUCAAAGGGAUUAUUUUGACAGGAUGGUCGCGGUACUUCCAUAAUGCACCUCCUUGUGAGUUGUUACCCGUAUCAAUUCCAAGUUUAUUUCUCAAUCUAUUACUGAUUCAACAUUUCAAACGUGGAAACGAUUGGGUUGAAUGCGACAAUCUUAGUGAUUUUUUCAACAAAAAUUUGAAUGAUGAUUUCACUGCUUUACUACGUUGUACUGAUCCGAUCGAAAUUGAUUAUUUUGAUGUCAAUCAAUGCUAUUUUGAUGGUAUAGAUUUGUACAAAACUCUUAAUCACUGUGACAGGUUUGUAUCUUAUAUAUCAAAAACCGUUAAAGACAUUCUGCAAAAAAGUACAGCUUUCUACAAUAAUGAUAUCGAUACUGAUGAUCAACAUAUCAAGUGGAGUAAAAAGACUCUUAAUGAUUUAGUAGCUUUAGAGGAUAAGAUGGUUAAACAAUUAUCUCGGUACUAUAAUAAGCAUUUUGUCGCUGAAUAUGUGAAUCAUAAAUUGAUGUCUUCACAACAGAUGAUGUAUAUGUUACUCGAGAAUGAAAAUUACAUGAAAUCAACAGCUAAACCUCCGUGGGUGAUACGAGGGAAGAGAUAAAUUAACAAACCAAUAGCAUAGCAAUAACAUAGUCAAGUAAUAAUGGUUUUCUUAGCUAAUUUGAAUCAAUAAAGAAUGUUGAUUAAAACACAUGUGACAAAAAGAUAGAUAGAUAGAUAGAUAGAUAGAACACUUUAUUGCACACAAAAACACAUGCAAAGGAACACAUCACAGAAAGAAGAAAACAGAAAAAACAAUUGUGUGCAAAGGCGGCCUUAUUGCUUGGAGCAAUCUCUUCCAGGCAACCUUUAGAGUAAAAAGUUAUAAGACUCACUCGCUCACGUAUAAUUAUGUAUUUAUUUUUCUAAGAGCAUUAUAUUGUAUUUAAAUUAUUUAUAAUACAGUGCUUAGUAUUAAAAUGUUGAACGAUAAAA